AAAAUGGGAAACAAAGCAAAAUGAUUCUCCAUUACACGAAGGAAUCCCGGGAUGGUAAAGCAAAAUUAUUCUCCAUUAACACUCUCACUCCCUAUCAAACAAAGGGUACUAAUAGUUCCAUUUAAAAAACAAUGGCUACUGGUAGUUCCAUUUCAGAAACAACAAUGGCUACUAGUAACAAGGCAAUCGGGAUCGACCUCGGCACGAAGUCCAGCUGCGUGGGGGUGUGGCAUAACGACCGAGUCGAAAUCAUCCCGAACGACCAAAGCAACCGGACCACCCCUUCCUACGUUGCCUUCACUGACACCGAGCGCCUGGUUGGCGACACGGCCAGAUAUCAAGUCGCCAUGAACCCACGAAACACCGUUUUCAACGUCAAACGCCUCAUCGGCCGGCGGUUCUCCGACCCCUCCGUCCAAUCCUACAUCAAACUCUGGCCCUUCAAAGUUACUCCGGGUCCUAGCGACAAACCCAUGAUCGUCGUCAACUUCGAAGGCGAGGAGAAGAAAUUCUCAGCCGAACAAAUAUCGAGCAUGGUCUUGGUGAAGAUGAGGGAAACGGCGGAGAAUUAUCUGGGGCAAUCGGUGAAAGACGCCGUGAUUACAGUACCGGCGUAUUUCAACGGUGCACAGCGGCAAGCGACAAAGGACGCCGGAGCAAUUGCGGGUAUGAAUGUCGUGAGGAUUAUUAACGAGCCGACCGCGGCUGCGAUUGCGUACGGCUUGAACAAGGGUUCAAGAAAAGGGGAGCAGAAUGUGCUGAUUUUUGACUUGGGGGGAGGGAGUACUGAUGUUACGAUUUUGACAAUCGAAGAGGGGAUUUUUGAAGUGAAAGCUACGGCGGGGGAUACCCACUUGGGUGGGGUGGAUUUCGAUAGCAGAGUGGUGAAUCAUUUCGUGGCGGAGUUUAAACGGAAGCACAGGAAGGAUAUGAGCGGAAAUGCGAGGGCGUUGAUGCGGUUGAGAAACGCUUGUGAGAGAGCGAAACAGACUCUAUCGUCGGCUACUCAUACAAUGAUGGAGCUCGAAUCGUUAUACGAAGGGAUCGAUUUUUACCCCACAAUUACUCGGGCGAGGUUCGAGGAAUUGAACAUGGAUUUGUUUAGAAAGUGCAUGGAGCCGGUGGAGAAAUGCCUUCGCGAUGGGAGAAUCGAUAAGAGUUCGGUUCGUGAGGUUGUCCUUGUGGGUGGGUCCACCCGGAUUCCGAAGAUACAACAAUUACUGCAGGAUUUCUUCAAUGGGAAAGAGCUAUGUAAGAGUAUUAACCCAGAUGAGGCCGUGGCAUACGGGGCGGCGAUACAGGCGGCGAUUUUAAACGGCCAAGGGAAUGAGAAGGUGCAGGACUUAUUAUUGCUUGAUGUAACGCCGUUUAGUUUGGGGUUCGAAACGGCAGGUGGGGUAAUGAGAGUUGUGAUCCCAAGAAACUCGUCGAUUCCAACUAAGAAGGAGGGCAUUCUCUCGACGUUUAUGGAUAAUCAGCCGGGGGUUUUGAUUCAGGUUUAUGAAGGGGAAAGAACGAGGACUAGGGAUAAUAAUCUGUUGGGGGAAUUUGAGUUGACUGGAAUCCCCCCUGCGCCUAGGGGGGUUCCGCAGAUCAAAGUGCUUUUCGACAUAGAUACGAAUGGAAUUUUGACCGUGAUGGUGGAGGAGGGGACGACGGGGGUGAAGAAUAAGAUUACGAUUAACGAUAAAGGGAGGUUAAGUGAGGAGGAGAUUAAGAAGAUGGUGAGGGAGGAGGAGAGGUACAAGUUGGAGGACGAAAAGGUGAAGAGGAUGGCGGAGGUGAGGAAUGCGUUCGAGAAUUACGUUUUCCCAUUACAUGAAGAGGUGUGUGUCUUGAAGAAUCAAGUUGAGAUACUGAAGGAUGUGUGCCAAAGACAGGAGAAUCAGAUUGAGACCUUUAAGGACUUGUGCCAGAGGCAAGAGGAGAAGAUAUGUGCAUAUGACAGAAAGUUUGAAAAAUACUCCAAAUUGAUAGAUGACCAAGCCACGACGAUUAAGCAGCUAGAGGCGGCCAUUACGUGUGCAUAUAUGUUGGUGGAAGGUCGCGUUGGGGCAAGCUCUUCUCAGUGACUUACUUUUGCUUGUGUAUGAGGUACUUGACUUGCCGUAAUCUCAUUUUUAGUUCAUUAGUGGUGAUCUAGAACUUCUAGUACUUUAAUAGUCGUAACGGUUGUUUUUAAGAAUUCUUUUUGCAUGAUAGUCUAAUACUAGCAUGGCAUCUUAUUACCACAA